AUGGAGAAAUGUUGUCCAGAAACCUGUGGACCUCAGGGAGAUGGCAAGGCAGCAUGUCAACAGCCACCAACAGGGCAGCAGCACCACUCCUCCUACACUGGUAUGGUGGCUGUCUGUCUGAGAGACUGGUAUGGUGGCUGGCUGUCUGAGGGACUGGUAUGGUGGCUGGCUGUCUGAGAGACUGGUAUGGUGGCUGGCUGUCUGGGGGACUGGUAUGGUGGCUGGCUGUCUGGGGGAACUGGUUAUGGUGGCUGUCUGUCUGAGGGACUGGUAUGGUGGGCUGGCUGUCUGAGGGACUGGUUAUGGUGGCUGGCUGUCUGAGGGACUGGUAUGGUGGCUGGCUGUCUGGGGGACUGGUAUGGUGGCUGGCUGUCUGAGGGACUGGUAUGGUGGCUGUCUGUCUGGGGGAACUGGUAUGGUGGCUGGCUGUCUGGGGGACUGGUUAUGGUGGCUGGCUGGUCUGGGGGACUGGUAUGGUGGUGGCUGUCUGAGGGACUGGUUAUGGUGGCUGGCUGUCUGGGGGACUGGUAUGGUGGCUGGCUGUCUGGGGGACUGGUAUGGUGGCUGGCUGUCUGAGGGACUGGUAUGGUGGCUGGCUGUCUGGGGGAACUGGUAUGGUGGCUGGCUGUCUGAGGGACUGGUAUGGUGGCUGGCUGUCUGGGGGACUUGGUAUGGUGGCUGGCUGUCUGGGGGACUGGUAUGGUGGCUGGCUGUCUGGGGGACUGGUAUGGUGGCUGGCUGUCUGGGGGACUGGUAUGGUGGCUUUCUGUCUGAGGGGACUGGUAUGGUGGCCAGUGGAAAGCGUUCAUGCAUUGCCUGGAGGAGUUUGUGGGUGCGUUCAUGACUGCAGGUAUCCGACUUGUGUAUUUCUUCGUCUGGGUAGUGGAAGAAGUCAAACAGGCAGAGUGGGUGAAACGGCAACUGAGGGUCAACGAGGAGGUUGCCAGGGUGUUCCACCAUUUAAAGUGUCAUGGUCAACAGCCUGGCCGGGAGCUGUUCUGCCUCCCCCCAGGGCUGGCCACCUUCUCUCGCUUUGCCCUCAAGUCUCUAGGCCAGGAAACCUGGUGUUCUGUCCGCGAGGCCGAAUAUGAGAUCAACAGCUUUGCCCUCCGUCACAACUGUAGGACAUCCUGGGGCAGGACACAGACUUCAUAA